AAAGGUCAUGGAAUUAUGGCAUAGGAAACCAGUGGUUAAUCUGUGGAGCAGCCGAGCAGCAUGGUUGUUUAACUUGUGUUGAUCGUGAUUCAUGACCCUGUUUAUUUUCCAUGAAGACUGAGAAUUACGAGUGCCGAUUUUCAGAGGCCGAGCCACAGGUAGGCCGGUAUCAUGGGCGUCCGUUUGGGCCUUGGGAUGUGCAUCCCGUCUGUGGGUGGCAGGCCUAUGCAGUGAAAUACAGGCCGCGAUACGGCUAGGGAGUGUGUAGGCGUAUUGUGUGCGGCCAUGACUUAUCGUUUGAAACAGCACAGGCGACAGAAUCUUGCCCUGGUCACCCCCACCCACGACGAUACCGACGACGAAACCAGAGGCACGCAGCGGGUCGGCUCCUCCACCCCCAUCCCCAUCUGGCGAACGGUGGCGCGUGUGUUGCUCCAGCGAGAUGCCCACCAAUGGCCUCAAGCUCAACGGCUUCGAUUCAUGCAGGAUGUGUGCUGCGCCCGGCCCGUGGAGCAGUUCCGUCUUCCCAGUCGAGUCACAGGAUUCGAUGAGUGUCCCGAACGUCGUGUUUGGCGCCGGCGGCAGUGCACAGGCAGGCGUGGAGGCGGCGGCGGGCGAGGUGUGCUCUGAAGCCACCAGUGGCUGGAGACGCAGGGGUGUUGCCGGGCUGGCGGGGUGGAUUGGUUCCGUUCUACCAGUGGACUCCCAGGAUUCGAUGAGUGCCCCCAUUGUCGAGAUGGACGCGGUCGGCAAAGCACAGCCAUAAGAAACUGUGCUGAACAUCCUUCUCUCCUUCUGAUUUUGCAGCUCUUUUAGCAAGUUUGCAUAUUUAGAAAGGUUGAGCUUUGUCUAGUUAGCAUUGAAGUUGAUCUGAAGCUGGGUGUUUGGCACAUAUUUCACUGCAAUUUUAGUUUCAGUGCAAUUUGGGACAAAUUUGUUUGGAUGAGUAGUAUGUUUGUUGGAUUUUCCCGUGGCAAAGGCAGCUUUAUGGUGUAAAAUGGGUAGUCAGAGUAGAUAGCUUUUUUUACUUGGGCCAAUGGAACAUUUGUAGCUUGCACUUUGGGGGUUAGUGAUGUUGGGUUUAGAAUUGCCGUAUUUACUUGAUGAGUUUUGCUACAGUGGGAGCUACAUGAUUUUUUUGAUUGGUACGUGAUAAAUUUGGAGUAAAACUUUAGCGGAUGGUUGAGUGGGACAAUUUGGAGUAAAACUUUUGAGGAUUGUUUAGAGGCAAGCUGGUUGUGUUUAGGUUGUUGGUUACUUUUUAGAGGCAAUGGAACAAUGCAGUUUGCAGUUUGGGGU